AUGGCAUCACCAAUUGAUACGUUUAAAAACAAUUUUUUUGAUCAAUUGAAAUCAUAUGGUGAUGCUGUUCAAGAUGUUUUUGAAAAACGUAUCGCUCGUCCAUUACUUGCAUUCAAACGUGAUCUUAAGCGACCAUCGUCUACAGUUCGCACUAUAUCUGAACAAGAAUCCAUUUUACCAUCAGAACAAACAACAUUUAUUACACAACAAGAAUCAGUAUUAUCAUCAUCACCACUUGAAAUUAUAGAAUUUGAAACAAAUACUUCAUUGAAAACAAUAUUAGAUAAAGUUAAAAAUACUUUAUCACUAUCAACAAAAGAACGCACAUCAGAAGAUUUUUCAAUUGAUGAAACAAAAAAACCUACAAGAGUAUGUCGUCAUUCAUCUAUUAGUUCUCUAUCGAGUAAAUAUCAUCGAAGAAAUUUUUUACGUCAUCAUAAGAGUGUUUCAUUUGCUGACAAUCCUAUUCAAUAUGAUAGUGAUACUGAAAAAAAUAAUUCAUGUUCAACAGAUGAUCAAAUAGAAUCUGUAUGUAAUGCUUAUACAUUUGAUCAUCCUAGUGUUAUGGCAAGUAUUGAUGAAAUAGCAACAAAUCAAAUAAAUCCAUCGAAUACAUUAUCAACUAUUGAGAAUAAUGAUUAUGAUUUUGAACGUAAUUUUCAUGAAUCAAUACGACCACGACGAAUUUCAAUUGGUAAUAGUCAAGAUUUAAUUUAUCAAGAUUUAUCAGCUGAAAUUGUUUCUUAUGUAUUAAAACAUGCAUUACGAAUAUUAGACAAAGAAGAUGAAGAUUUAUUAUUAGCAGAAAAUGAAAAAUUUAUUAAUAAAAAUGACUAUGAUGAAGAUUUAAUUGAUUUAAAAUAG